UGUUUUAUCGUGAACUAGACCAAUGGCAUAGAAUUUACAAGCACGGACGACUAAAACAGUGAAUUGUUUCGGACGAAGAGUACUUUCCGACGAAGGAGUUUUAGAAAGCCACGCGCAGCAUGAGGAUGGCACUAACAUUAAGUGUGUUUAUAUUACUGACGCUUUUGCAGACUCAAAACCAUGUAACAGAUUGUGCCAGAGUGACCUACGAGGUGAUAAUCACUACUGGAAACGACAAACAUGAUGGUAUCCAUGCUCCACUUCGAGUAAAAGUUGUCGGGUCUAAAGCAACACUGACAGUGGGGAGAUUAGACAAAAGAAUUGAAAUAACGAAGGACUCAAGGAAAACUCUUAAGGGUUCCGCUGAAAGUUUAGGAGACAUAAAAGAGGCAAUCAUCACUAUAAAAGGUGACGACACAAUAGGGAUAUUAAAGAUAGAAGUCAAACAGCAGUCCAAAAUACUAGCAGAAUUCAUAUGCAAAUGCAAAAUUAGUGGCGGGUCAAAAAGGGGCAUUUUCUCUAAAAGUAAGUGUGACGGGUGA